AUGGGGAUCCUCAUCCGUGGGGCCCCCUGGAUCCUGUGCGCUGCUGCCCACCUGCUCCUGCUGGACUGCGCUGGUCAGUACCUCCGGGGGCUGAACUGCGCGGCGGGGCGGAAGAAAGAUCCCAAAGUCCAAAGAUCCCGGGGUUGUGGGUGUGACUUUGCUGGUCACCCAAAGGGGGAAGACCAGGGGGGAGCUCCCUACCCGAAGUGGAGCCAGAUCCCUUGGGAAAUACCUGUUUUUCUCAGACUUUUUGUUUUGCAUGCCGCCUUGGGGGCAGGGAGAGUUUCAGAGGCGCGCAAGGUGAGAAUUAAGGGACUUGGGGGUCGUGUUUGUGGGGCUCAUCAUCAUCUACCUACCAAUGCAGCGCUGGCCUCUUCCCUAACGCACACGGUAAUGUGUGAAGAGAGCUACUAGCAAGGGUGGGUGCGUGAUCUGGGUGGCUAUGAACUGGGAAGUCUACGGAGGAAUUGGCAAAAGCGAGUCCUCCUUUGCUUCAGGUCAGGACGUGCUGUGUCGGCUCCUUGGUCCACCUAGUGGCCGGGGUUGGAAUAGCUCGUGGGAAAGGGAGCUCCGCUGGGGAUGGCUGGUUCAAAUCUUACCUCUGCCAUUCACGAACUGACCAGGUUUAGCACACCUGUCAGCCAAACACCCAUUCACAGCACCCUUCUGAGUAAUACCCCUCCCCACCCUCUCACUCUGGUGACUUCUGUUUCAGUGUAUCUGAAGAAGUGUACAUGCACAUGAAUGUAAUAGUGCCACUGUAUUCUGCUCUGGUCAGACCUCACCUGGAGUACUGUGUCCAGUUCUGGGCACCACAGUUCAAGAAGGACACUGACAAACUGGAACGUGUCCAGAGGAGGGCAACCAAAAUGGUCAAAGGCCUGGAAACGAUGCCUUAUGAGGAACGGCUAAGGGAGCUGGGCAUGUUUAGCCUGGAGAAGAGGAGGUUAAGGGGUGAUAUGAUAGCCAUGUUCAAAUAUAUAAAAGGAUGUCACAUAGAGGAGGGAGAAAGGUUGUUUUCUGCUGCUCCAGAGAAGCGGACACGGAGCAAUGGAUCCAAACUACAAGAAAGAAGAUUCCACCUAAACAUUAGGAAGAACUUCCUGACAGUAAGAGCUGUUCGACAGUGGAAUUUGCUGCCAAGGAGUGUGGUGGAGUCUCCUUCUUUGGAGGUCUUUAAGCAGAGGCUUGACAACCAUAUGUCAGGAGUGCUCUGAUGGUGUUUUCCUGCUUGGCAGGGGGUUGGACUCGAUGGCCCUUGGGGUCUCUUCCAACUCUAUGAUUCUAUGAUUCUAUGAAAGCUCAUACCAAGAACAAACUUAGGUGGUCUCUAAGAUGCUACUGGAAGGAAUUUUUUUAUUAUGAAAAUUAAUUAAAAAUGAAAUAAUUAUAGCACCCUCCCUUUUUGCAGAAUGACACAUACGUAUUAGCCGUGCUUAGAGAGAGCUGAGCAAAUUCAUCUAUGGGGGCCUGGUGAUAAUUCCCCCCCCCCGAUGAUGUGAGCUUCAGCACCCGCAGCUCCCUUUCAUAUUUAAAAUCGGGGGGUGGCAAUACUGACCUCCUGCGUUGCAGGGUCGUUGUCAGGCUUAGGAGAAUGUCAAAUGCUCAGAACGCCUUAUUCUGCUGCCCCUUUGCUGUCCUGUCUGUCUGUCUGUCAGUGGUUCUCCAGACACAGCUGCCUUUCAUCUUUAAAACUGGCAAAACUGACACGGGACAAAUAGAAGAAGGCGCCUUCGUCCCGGUACGGUUCCUCUUUAUCACAUACACAGCCCAACAAGACAACAGGAAGGAUCCGCCAACUGCAUAUGAAUCAAUCUGGCUAACCUGAUCCAAACACACACACACACACACACACACACACACACACACAUGCCCUCACUCACACACCAAAACAAAUCUCACCACAGCCAAGCAAAGACAACCAACCACACAUUAGGCUACCCCCAAUCUCUCUCACCACCAAGGAAAUACAACGAGCGAAUAGUAAGAGAACCCACACAAGUGACACUGACACAAAACGCCACACAUACACUAAGCAGAAGCAUUGCCACCCGACCCACCCCCCUCACCAUUCCCCCUCCCUCUCUUCCCCCUUUUGUCUGACACUAACACUGUAUACGCUAAUGUCUCACAACAAAUGAAACCGAUCUGUAGAAAACACGACUUGAAAAAAGAGACAAUGCAUGUAUUUUUGUAAAUGACAAAAUCUUUAAUAAAAAUACAGUCGUACCUCUUGUUACGUCAGUCUCCGGUUGUGUUUUUUCAGGAUACGAACCCGGCAAACCCGGAAGUGUAUACUUCUGGGUUUUGCCACGCGUAGAAGGAGUGCUCUACUUGUGGACUUUUCAGGGUGUGAACGGCACCCCGGAACGGAUCGAGUCUGUAACUAGGGGUACCACCGUAUUUUAAAAAUAAAACUGGCAAAACAUACACACGUUCAGUGUCUCUGGGUGCAGCGGUUUGCCACUCCCUCAGGCGCUGGGCACAUUUGUGAUUGUUCGUCUAGAACAAAACAUUUAGGCUGAAGUCCUUGCUUUCCUGGGUGUAAGCCCCAUUGAACUCAAUGGGACUCACUUCUGAUAACACAGGGGUUGGCAAGGUUUAUCUUGCCUGGGCUGGAUCAGUACCAUGGGCCGGAUUGCGUGCGCGAUUUUCAGCAUCUGUGUAUGGACAGGUGCAAUUUUUGGUGGCUGUGUCUAUGCAGAUGCGAUUUCUGGCACUGCGGAAGCGAGUCCCUGUGCCAGUUUAGCGCAGUGCGCUAGCGGGCAGCUCGGCUCUGGGGUGGCUCGUGGGCCAAUCAGACGACCUCCACGGGCCACUUCUGGCCCAUGGGCCUUAUGUUGCAGACCCCUGUGAUAACAUAUGUGCACAGGAUGUCAUGGUUUUCUGCUUUAAAAUUUAAGGAACCAACAGCACCACUUUGAGAGCAGUCUUCUCAGGUUCCUCGCAAGGAUAAGGGUCUGUGAAGGUUUUUUUGGGUGGGGUGUGGAUUCUCCUCUUCAGGAUCCCUAACUCUGCCCUUCUUUUGCAGCCUCUUCCUCCCACUCCAUGCGCAAUUUUUACACUGGGGUGUCAGAGUCCGGCCAGGGGCUGCCCUGGUUCGUUGCCGUGGGGUACUUAGAUGACCAGCCCAUCUACUACUACGACAGCGAUACCCGGAGGGAAGAGCCUGCGGUGCCCUGGAUGGAGAAAGUAGAGGAGGAUUAUCCCAAGUUCUGGGACAGGCAGACGCAGAUCUUGCAUGGCUGGGAGCAGACGUUCAGAGCGAACGUGGAGAUUGUAAGGAACCUUUACAACCAGAGCAAGGGUGAGUGGAGGGUGCAAGGAGUGGCUCUCUCUCCUGCUGAAGCUUCUCCCUCAGAUGAAGGCCUCCACUCUGGAACAAAUGUCAACUCUGCCUGUGGUAGAUACAUGGAAGGAUGAUGAUGAUUAUUAUUUAUACCCUGCCCAUCUGGCAAGGCUUCCCAGCCACUCUGGGCGGCUCCCAAUAGAAUAUUAAGAACACAAUAAAAGAUAAAACAUAAAAAACUUUCCUAAACAGGGCUGCCUUGAGAUAUCUUCUAAAAGUCAAAUAGUUGUUUAUUUCCUUGACAAAUAAUGGAAGGGCGUUCCACAGGGUGGGCGCCACUACCAAGAAGGCCCUCUGCCUGGUUCCCUGUAACCUCACUUCUCGCAGGGAGGGAACUGCCAGAAGGCUCUCGGAGCUGGACCUCAGUGUCCAGGCUGAACGAUGGGGGUGGAGACACUCCUUCAGGUAUACUGGACCGAGGCCGUUUAGGGCUUUCAAGGUCAGCACCAACACUUUGAAUUGUGCUCGGAAAUGUACUGGGAAUCAAUGCAGAUUUCUCAGGACCAGUGUUAUAUGGUCUCAGCAGCCACCGCCAGUCACCAGUCUAGCUGCCACAUUCUAGAUUAGUUGUAGUUUCCAGGCCACCUUCAAAGGUAGCCCCACGUAGAGCACAUUGCAGUAGUCCAAGCGGGAGAUAACUAGAGCAUGCACCACUCUGGUGAGACAGUCUGUGGGCAGGUUGGGUCUCAGCCAUAUGGUUAACUCAGAACAAGCCAGCCCCAAAUUUGGCAGCUCUGCUUUUCAGCAGAAUCCAAGAAUCCUAAAAUUGUAGAGCUGGACCCUGAGGGGCAUCUAGUCCAAUCCCCUGCAAUGCAGGAAUCUCAACUAAAGCAUCCAUGUUAGAUGGCCACCCAACCUCCCCUUAAACACUGUGAGGUUUACUUUAGCAAAGUUAAACAAUCCCCCUUUUAAGUUUAUGCUUUGGUAAACCACGAUACACCACUGCAAAGAAUGAGCCGUAAGAACAUCAGUUCCCUGUGGGUGGCUGGGAGCCCCCAGUGCAUGUCUUUGGAUGCCUGGCGUUAAGCUCACUGGUCUCCUGAGCCUCUUUAUAUUUACAGGGUUUCACACCUGGCAAGCCAUGUACGGCUGCGAGCUGAGGCAGGACGGGCACGUAAGUGGGUAUUCCCAAUUUGGCUACGACGGGAGGGACUUUGUCACCUUCGACAAGGAGACCCUCACCUGGACGGCAGCUGACACAGCAGCCCAGGUGACCAAGAGGAGGUGGGAUGCCGACUUGGUUGCCAACCAGCGCAGGAAGCACUUCCUGGAGGAGAUUUGCAUCGAGUACCUGCGGAAAUACCUGAACUACGGGAAGGAGGUUCUGCUCAGGACUGGUGAGGGGUGCGGUUUUGGAGGGCUCAUUGGGGGGAAGUUGGCCAUUUCCUUACAACUUAUAGGGUGGCGUUCCUGCCAAAUGUCUACCAGAUCAAGUUGAUGAUGGGGAUAGGGAAUAAAUGGGGGUGGGAAUGGCUUGUUGUGGGUUUUGGGGGGUGAGGGUAGGACUUGAAAUACCUUCCUUCAAGUUAGAGGGAACUGAAUCAAUUCAUCCAUUGAGGGCCUGGUGACAUUUGCCCCUCAGCCCAGAGGUAGCUCAGUGGGAAAAUCUCAAAACCACAAGUUUGAUAGGCAGGUCUAAACCACUGAACCUCUUGGGCUUGCCAGUUGGAAGGUCAGCAGUUCGAAUCCGUGCGGCGGAGUGAGCUCCCGUUGCUCUAUCACAGCUCCUGCCAACCUAGCAGUCCGAAAGCACACCAGUGCAAGUAGAUAAAUAGGUACCGCUGUGGUGGGAAGAUAAACGGCAUUUCUGUGUGCUCUGGCUUCCGUCAAGGUGUCCUGUUGCGCCAGAAGCAGUUUAGUCCUGCUGGCCAUAUGACCCAGAAAGCUGUCUGUGGACAAACGCUGGCUCCCUCAGCCUGAAAGCAAGAUGAGCGCCAUAACCUCAUGGUCACCUUUGACUGGACUUAACCGUCCAGGGGUCCUUUACCUUUACCUUUAAUAUUAGAGCCUCUCAAGAAGACGAUGGUGAUGAUGAUUAGAAAAUGACAUCUCUCCCUCCCAAAGCAGCCCAGGUUGGCCAACACACAAGCAACAAAACUUCAUGUGGAAUGCUCUCCCCAGGGCGGUUCGCCUGUCGCCUUCAUUAUAUAUUUUUAGGCGCCAGGUGAAAACAUUCCUCUUCAACCAGGCCUUUGAUUGAAGCCCUUGAAACAUGUCUGAGGGAAGGGGGUGUUAUUGUUUUGUUGUUUUGAUUUAAUUAUUUACUUGUGCUUUAUCUUGUAUUUUAUUCUGUCAACUGCCCUGAGAUCUUUUCAUGAAUGGCAGCGUAUCAUUAUUAUUAUUAUUGUUAUUAUUAUUAAUAAUUAUAAUACAAUGGUACCUCGGGUUAAGUACUUAAUUCGUUCCGGAGGUCCGUUCUUAACCUGAAGCUGUUCUUAACCUGAAGCACCAUUUUAGCUAAUGGGGCCUCCUGCUGCUGCCACGCCGCCGGAGCACGAUUUCUCUUCUCAUCCUGAAGCAAAGUUCUUAACCCGAGGUAAUAUUUCUGGGUUAGCAGAGUCUGUAACCUGAAGCGUAUGUAACCCGAGGUACUGCUGUAUCAUCAUCAUCAUCAUUAAUAGUAUAAGGUGUUAAGGUGUGACCGGAAAGUUCAGUGAAUGGUCACAGAAAUCAGACAGCGAGAAAUAUGCGAACAUACAAUUGGCAUCGCAAACCCACGAAAUGCUCACAAUUGUGAAUGGAGAUGAAGCUGUAACUCGAAAGACAGUGUGUGAGUGGUUUAAGCAUUUCCGUGAAGGGCAGCAAACCAUCGAAGAUGACCCUCAGUCUGUCAACAAGCAGAACGGCGGCAAAUGUUGACAGAGUUCGUGAGUUAUUGAUGUGGGAUCGGCGUUUGUCCAAAUGAUGGUGGAAGAAUCGCAUAUUCUGCGUGAAAUUGUUACUGAGGUUACUGAGUUGUCCCACCCUCCAUAUUCUCCCCAUCUGGCCCCACCGGAUUUCUUUCUUUUUCCAAAACUGAAAUCUGCACUGAAAGGGCACAGAUUUUCCAACAUUUCACAUGUCCAAGCUGCUGUGAUGAAGGACGGGAAAGCAGUAUAAAAAGAGGACUUUUCCAGAAGUUUCUAACAGUUCUAUGAACGUUGUCAAUGGUGCGUUGUAUCAGAGGGGGCCUACUUUGAAGGCCUGUAAGGCAUGUAUGUUCAAAUAUUUUUCACUGUCCGAUUUCUGUGACCAUUCACCGAACGUUCCGGUCAUACCCUGUAAUAAUAAUCCAGAAACAGUUCCGAGACCAAAACGGACUGGAGAAGAUGCGAAGGGAGGCUGAGGAAUCUGGUUCCUUCAAGGUUCUUCUUAAUUUAUUCAGGAUGCUACAAGUGUGGGAUAUUGACUCUCUGGGUCAGGAUUGAGGGGGACUCUCCCUGAUUUUACAGCAUCCAUCCUGCCAGCCACCAGAGACAUCCCUCUGUUAACCCCAAUGCGGCUCUUUUUCCAGAGGCUCCGGUGGUGAAGGUGACCAGGAAGGCAGACUAUGACGGCCUGGAGACCCUCGUUUGCCAAGUCCACGGCUUCUACCCCAAGGAGAUUGAGGCCAACUGGGUGAAGGACGGGGAGGUCUGGCAGGAGGGCACCCUCCGAGGAUUGGUCGCCCCCAACUCGGACGGGACCUACUAUCUCUUCCUCAGCGUCAAGAUCGACCCCGAGGAGAGGGAGCGCUUCCGGUGCCGCGUGGAGCAUGACAGCCUGGAGAAGCCUCUGGACGUGGGCUGGGAGGAGCCAGGUGGGCUCUGGGAGGGGGAUUUUAUCCAUUUUAUUUAUUGAAUUUCAAACCCAGAGAUGAAGGGCAGGGGAAGCAGCCAAAGACGCGCAGCCGCUGCAUCACAACAUAGAUUGGCAAUUCCUAGUUGGAUCCUUUCUGUACAUCUGAGAGCAAAACAAGUUACAGUUGUACCUUGGUUCUCAAACACCUUGGUACUCGUCCGUUUUGGCUCCUGAACGACGCAAAUCUAUAAGUGGGUGUUCCGGUUUGCAAACGUUUUUCCGAAGCCGAAUGUCUGAUGCGGCUUCCAAUUGAGUGCAGGAAGCUCCUGCAGCCAAUCGGAAGCCGCGCCUUGGUUUUUGAACAUUUUCGGAAGUCAAACAGCACCUGCUGCCUCACAGGCCUUGAGCUCAAAAUAUUAUGUCAAAGGUAAAAGACGGCCACCAUCUCUUUGUCUGUAAACGUGUGUGGUUCUGAGUUCACAAAGCAUUCAUAAACACUCUGAUUUUUAGAUAUGAAUAAAACCUUACUAUGGCUUCCCCAAUUCUGUGGAGAACUCUUCCACACUUUGCAUAGGUGGGGGGGGGUUGGGGGGGGAGUAGAGAGAGAGAAGCACGUUCACCACCUUAAAAUCCUUGGUGGGAUUAUAAUUACAAAAAAAUAAAACUGAAUGUCAGAUCUCCAUCUUUCUGCCUCUCCCAUGAAUGGAAAAUAUUGCUCUGAAUUUCCCUAAUCUGCUUUUAGCAUCCAACGUGGGACUUGUUAUUGGGUGCAUCUUGGUAGCUGUCCUGCUGGCAGCGGCUGGAAUUGCUGGGAUCUUGGCGUGCAUCAGUAAGUAACUUGUGAAUGGACUUGCUGGGAAUUAGGGACCUAACUCUGUUGUGGGAGAGACUAUCCCCUUUUGAAGGAAUCCAGGUGACUCCAUGAGCUGGUCUUCUCCACUUCCCCCAUCCCCUGGUGCUUGGUGUGUUCCUCAUUCACCCCUGGAGAUUAUUAGGCAGGGACCAGAGGAGGCACCUGCCACAAGGUCCUUCCUCCUUGCAGAGGAUAAAGCUGAAGGAUCUCUACAAGGUCUCUUUCCAUCCUAACGCUCUGAUUCUGUCUCUGCAGAGAAAAGGAAAGACGGAUACAGAGCAGCAUCAGGUGAGUGAUGCCUUCCUCUUUGCAUGCUCAUUCUAAUGCAGGUAAAUUCAGGGUGAGAGCUGAACGAUUAGUUGAGCCAUGUGUAAGUAUAUUUCCUCUGUAUUAUGCUUAUAUGAGAUGAUGAUGAUUACAUUUGUGUACUACCCUUCAUCCAUAGACCUCAGUGCAGUUCGCAACAUAAAAAUGCAAGAUAAAACAAUAUGAUAAAAACAACACACACACCAAUAAAAAACCCCUCUUUCCUAUCCUUUACCUGUGCACUGCACUGCGCUGAUGUUGCGUGUUACCAUGGUAUAGAGAUACUUUAAUAAAUUAAAUAAUAAAUAAAAAGCACAGAAAAAGGCUUGGGACCUGGCUUCCUGAGACUCUCUCCCUUCAUCAUCUUCAUCAUUUUUAAUUUGUAUACCGUCUUUCUAUCUUACAAUACUCAAGGCGGUUUACAAGCUGAAGAAACAAAAAAUGUACAUCUUAUAACAAUCUAAUGCAAUACAAAAAUGUGAUAAUAAAACAUAACUUUAAAAUAGGCAACCUACAUAAAACGUAACAGUCAACAAUCAUUAGAAUAGCAUUAAAUAACAACAACAACAUAUAAAAGUUAAAGAGAAAUCCACUCACCAGUUACAAUAAAUAAUUUCCAAACUAUAAUCAAUAAAAUGACAGCAAGCCACAGUACAUAAAAUAAUACAAUACAAAUUGAGAAGCAGAGACUGGAGGGUGGAGCAAGGCAGGUGGAAAGAGGCCUUGCUUCGUUGUACCCUGAAAACACAUCGGUUAGAAAAUGGCAGGAUUCAAGGCACCGAGGAGGCAGGCUUGGUUUAUUUUUAAAUUUUAUACCCCCCUUUCCCCCCACAUCUGAAUCUCGAAAGGUCUCACAGAUGCAAAGCCAGAUUGAGUCCUUUAACGGUGGUGUCCUAGGCUGCUGGUGGCCUGUUCUUGUCACCACCCUAGCUGCAGUAUCUCCCCUAGGGCAGAGCAGACCCACAUUGCAAUAAUUUAGAUUUGAGGUGACUGGAGGUGUCAGUGCAUGGACUACAGGGGUCAGGUUGCCCCUGUUGUGACCAUGAGGCCCUGCUAUGUGUGAGGAACCAACUCUCCCAAGGUUAGAUCUGAACGCGGGCCUGCAAGGUGGAGAGAGAGAGAGAGAGAGAGAGGGAGAGACGCAUGUCCCAGAAGGAGUCAGUGGAGUUUUCCCUCCUGCCAGGUGAGCUCUUCUUACAUUGAAGAUAUCCCUCUCUAUCCCCCAUGGCUCCCCAAAGGAGAGGUGUACUUGCUUCCAAACUGAAGGCUUUCCUGUUUAACACCCCCACUGUAUACGUUGCAGGCGGACUCUACAUCUUUCCAGUUGUUUUCCCAGGCCUUGGAAAUGCGUUCAUUACACUGUACAGUGGUACCUCGGGUUAAGAACUGAAUUCAUUCUGGAGGUCCGUUCUUAACCUGAAACUGUUCUUAACCUGAAGCACUAUUUCUGGGUUAGCGGAGUCUGUAACCUGAAGCGUCUGUAACCUGAAGCACCUGUAACCUGAAGCAUCUGUUACCCCAGGUACCACUGUAUUUUAGUGCCUUAAUUCAACGACAACGCUGUUCAAGGUGAAGACUUGUGAUUGCCACCAUGGGCAGCCAGUCAGUGCUGUGCACAGCCAGCUGCUCAAACCUAGCGCAGCCAGUUCCUCCUGAACUGCAUCAUGCAGGGAAGGUGGUAUCAUCAUUUUUUAUUUGUAUGCCGCCUUUACACAGUUAAAAAAGCAAUGCUCAAGGCUGCUUACAGCAUAACAAGGUUUACAUAAUUACAAAAGUCAUAAAUCACAUUAAAAAAAAAAUACCCAACCAAAUGGGAAACAAUUUCCACAUAAAUCAAAAUCUAAAACUAAGAAUACAGCAUUAAUAUCACAGUUUAAAAUGACAUAGGUAAAAAAUAACAGCAAUUUAAACAAAAAACAAAACAAAACGGAGCUCUCUCUGCCCAGCAGCAGGAGCGGUAGUCCUUUACAGAGCCCAUCAGGCCCCGCCCUGGGCCAGGUGGUGAGUGGCAGGACUGGGGUCCUCAGGCGCAGAGCAGGGGAGUAUGAUGAAGGCCGUGCCAUAUCUGACCUUAAAGGGGACAUUCCCAGGGUGCAGAGAGACACUUGCAAUGCUGUCUGUCUGUGGAGCAUAUCAGCAAGUUGCGUGUGUCCCCCUACCCCCGCUGGGCAAUGGUGGACCUGAGAUCCACCCCUGGUGCUUAGUGGUGGGAAGAUGCCUGGAUUUGGGGCGCCUCUUAAUACCCUCCCUCUGCACCUGACUUCUGUUUGUUUCGUUUAGAGCGCAGUGUCUGCCCUAUUUCUUUUGAAGAUGGAGAAAGUGCUCUGCAAACAACCCCCCCCAAUCUUGCAUACCUGUCUUGUUCUUCCUCUGCAGGUGACCCUGGAGAGGGUGGGGUCAUCCCAUGCGUGGUCCUCGAGGAUGCUGAGCAAGCCUGA